GCCGAUGCCCGACCCCCGGCGCGGCCGCCGAGGCGGACCGCAGGAUUGGUGGUCCCGCCGCUGCGUCCCCACCAUGGCGGCGCCCGUGCAGUCCGCCGCGUCCUGGGCUCCCUCUGGGGUCCCCUCGGCUGUCUCCGCUAUUCGCGCUGCGAUUGCCUCCGCGCUCUGCGUGCACCCUGGCGCCACCCGCCCCCGGCCUCCCUCUCCGCUGCGGUAAGGCCUGCCCUGCGUCCCCGUCGCAGUUCUUGGCCGCCGCGCCCCUCCCCCGGCCAGACCGGCCCGAGCCGCGCUGGGGACCAAAACCUGGGCCCGGGUGGGGGCCAAGCCUGCGGAGGGCCUUGCAAGCCGGGCCGAGCGCGGCGAGGUCACCUGUGUGCAGUGCUCCAGGGCGCGCGAGUCUGGGCGCAGAGGAGGGUCACGGUCAACCGGGACCCGCUGGUGGGACGAGCGCAAGAAAGUCCGGGGAAAGCCUAGCGGGAGUCACCAAAAGUAGCGGUUGUCAUCUCUGCCUUCCCCGGGGCCAGAUCCUCCUCGGAGCGACCGGGUCAGUUUGUCAGAGUCAUGUAGGAAAUUGUGAGUCAUGUGAAGAUGGGACUCUUGGUAUUUGUGCGCAAUCUGCUGCUAGCCCUCUGCCUCUUUCUGGUCCUGGGAUUUUUGUAUUAUUCUGCCUGGAAGCUACACUUACUCCAAUGGGAAGACUCCAAUUCAUUGCUUCUUUCCCUUGACUCCGCUGGACAAACCCUAGGCACAGAGUAUGAUAGGCUGGGAUUCCUCCUGAAGCUGGACUCUAAACUACCUGCCGAGCUAGCCACCAAGUACGCAAACUUUUCUGAGGGAGCUUGCAAACCCGGAUACGCUUCAGCCAUGAUGACUGCCAUCUUCCCCAGGUUCUCCAAGCCAGCACCCAUGUUCCUGGAUGACUCCUUUCGCAAAUGGGCUAGGAUCCGGGAGUUUGUGCCACCUUUUGGGAUCAAAGGUCAAGACAAUCUGAUCAAAGCCAUCUUGUCAGUCACCAAAGAAUACCGCCUGACCCCUGCCUUGGACAGCCUCCACUGCCGCCGCUGCAUCAUUGUAGGCAAUGGAGGGGUCCUCGCCAACAAGUCUCUGGGGUCACGAAUUGACGACUAUGACAUUGUGAUCAGACUGAACUCAGCACCUGUGAAGGGCUUUGAGAAGGACGUGGGCAGCAAGACCACCCUGCGCAUCACCUACCCUGAGGGCGCCAUGCAGCGACCUGAGCAGUAUGAACGAGAUUCUCUCUUUGUCCUCGCUGGCUUCAAGUGGCAGGACUUCAAGUGGCUGAAGUACAUCGUCUACAAGGAGAGAGUGAGUGCAUCUGAUGGCUUCUGGAAGUCUGUGGCCACCCGAGUGCCCAAGGAGCCCCCUGAGAUCCGCAUCCUUAACCCAUACUUCAUCCAGGAGGCUGCCUUCACUCUCAUCGGACUGCCCUUCAACAACGGCCUCAUGGGCAGAGGGAACAUCCCAACCCUUGGCAGUGUGGCAGUCACCAUGGCACUCCAUGGCUGUGAUGAAGUGGCCGUCGCAGGCUUUGGCUAUGACAUGAACACACCCAAUGCACCCCUGCACUACUAUGAAACUGUGCGCAUGGCAGCCAUCAAAGAGUCCUGGACGCACAACAUCCAGCGAGAGAAAGAGUUUCUGCGGAAGCUAGUGAAAGCACGCGUCAUCACUGACUUAAGCAGCGGUAUCUGAGUGGGCCGGACACUGGGCCAGAGAGGCUCACGCCAGGACCAAGCAGCUGCCACCUGCACAGGAGCCUUCCAACUGAGAGAAGGACAGUGCCAAGGGGCCCAAGGGCCAGUGAGGCCUUGGCAAGGCAACCAGAGCUGUGCCCACUACAGGCCAGCUUCAGAGACCAGCACCCUGCCUUGCAGCCUGGGUCUAUGAAGCCAGAGGGCCAGGAGGCCAUUGGCUGUGGCCAGCAGGCCCAGCAUGCAGGAGGUGGGACAUUUGGUAGCAAGAGCGCUGCCAGAAUCAUUUCUCUAAUCAGUGUUUGGUGUAUUAUCAUUUCGUGAAUUUGGGUAUGGGGAGGGGAGGGAUAAUUUAUUUUUAAAUUAGAUGUCACAUUUGGUCCACUUGUUGUGCAGAAAGAGGCCCACUAGAGGGCCCAUCAGGCAGUGGUACCAGUGAACUCCCUGAAGGAUGGAAGUGUGGCGACCAUGCUUCAGGGACAGGGAGGUGAAUAGCAUCUCCUGUCAGCCAUCUCCAGCUCAUGACACUCUUUGGCCUUCCUUGGGGAGAAGACGGAGUGCUCCCUCUCACCAGCCACCAGUGUCCCACAGGGGAACCCCAGAGCCAUCCCUUUAAAGCCAACAGGACAGCUCUUGGACAAGAGCAGAGAACUCAGGAGGCAAGGCCCAGCCCAGCCUGAAGGGAAUGAAUGGCUCGGUCCAUAGCUGUCCCUAAUCCACGGGGCAGGGCUCCUUCCUGGACUGACCAGCUGUCAGAUGGUCUGGGUUUCUUGAUGAGACUGCCAGCCCCUUGAGUCCUACCCAGGACCAGAGGGACGUGAGGCUCAAGGACCUUACCCAGGCUGCGGCAGCCACCCAGGCAGCCCUCAUGGGAGCAAUAAAGCCCUCCUCUGAAUC